GGCUAUGCCAAAUCCGUAAAAUAUUACAAAAAAAAAUACUUUCAAAAGGAGCUUGCUUAUCUCAAAUCGAGCUCAGUCUGAACUUGUGAGUUUUUAAAGCAGUGUUUAUUUAAUCAUGUCAUUCACCCGUCUAUCUGCUACCACCACCAAGGCUGGUGUGAGAGCCUUCUCCACCGCCCGUGCCCAAAACUACAAGGUUGCCAUCCUGGGUGCCGCUGGAGGUAUCGGACAGCCAUGCUCUCUACUUAUGUCUCAGGACCCCCGUGUGACUCACCUGUCUCUCUUCGAUGUGGUCAACACCCCCGGUGUUGCUGCCGACGUGAGCCACAACAACUUCGCCUGCAAGGUCACAGGACACACUGGUGAUGCUGAGCUCGAGGAAGCUCUUACUGGCUGUGACGUAGUAGUCAUCCCCGCCGGAGUUCCCCGUAAGCCUGGAAUGACUCGUGACGAUCUUUUCAACACCAACGCUGGAAUUGUCAAGAACCUCGCCACAGGCUGUGCCAAGUACUGUCCCGAUGCUGCCCUUUGCAUCAUCUCCAACCCUGUCAACUCCACUGUGCCCAUCGCCUCAGAGGUGUUCAAGAAGCACGGAGUGUACAAUCCUCGCAAGAUCUUUGGUGUAACCACCCUUGAUGUAGUACGUGCAAACAAGUUCGUUGGUGACGCCAAGGGUACCGAUCCCCAGAAGACUCACGUGCCCGUCAUCGGAGGACAUGCUGGUAUCACCAUUCUACCCAUCCUCUCACAGGUCACCCCCAAGGCUGAGUUUGGCGAUGCCGAGCGUGAUGCACUAACCACCCGUAUCCAAAACGCUGGAACCGAGGUUGUUGAGGCCAAGGCUGGAACUGGAUCCGCCACUCUAUCUAUGGCCUUCGCCGGCGCCCGUUUCGCCAGCAACGUCCUAAAGGGUCUAGAUGGCGAGUACAAUGUAGAAUGCUCAUACGUUCAGAGCGACGUCACCUCUGCCGAGUACUUCUCCACCCCCGUUGUUCUUGGACCCCGUGGUAUGGAGUGCAAUCUAGGACUACCCGAAAUGAACGACUACGAGAAGAAGGGUCUAGAAGCUCUUCUACCCGAGCUAAAGGAAAGCAUCAAGAAGGGUGUCGAGUUCGCCAACAAAGAGUAAAAAAUCUGAAAGUAAUAGAAACGAUCCUUAGUCUGGAAAACAGUGGAGAGAAUGGGCAUUUACGUAUUGUAUAACGUAUCUCUUUUAGAAUACUGCAAGAUCUAAUAAAAUCGUUGAAAGUAUUUCCUA